AUCUCACGAGAUUUUCACCGCCAUUUUCAAUUUCCAUUUUCUCAAUGACAGUCAUACUUGCGUAGAAAAGAGACACGUGCGUGGUGGACUUACUGUGAUUUCAUCCUCUUCAUUGCCACAAAAAGAAACAGAAAUGGCGAGUAUGAUAAACCAAGACGAAGCCAUGCAGUUGGCUGCUGAACUAGAGGUGGAAAUGAUGGCAGAUAUGUACAAUAGGAUGACGUCAGCGUGUCAGAAGAAGUGCAUUCCCCCCAAGUACAAGGAGCCAGACCUGAGUAAGGGCGAGUCGGUCUGUCUGGACAGGUGUGUGGCAAAGUACCUGGAGAUCCACGACAGACUAGGCAAGAAGCUGACCGAGAUGUCCAUGCAGGACCAGGAAGUCAUGAAGAAAAUGCAGCAGCAACAACAGCAGAUGGCUAAAUAACCCUACAUGGGACUCUGAGACUCUUGUUGUACCUUUAAAAUUUGUGGACAUUGUGGAUGAGAUAUGAUGCCAUGACUUCAUUCCACUACAGUUCAUAUGAGGUUAUUCCAGCAAUGUUGUCUUCCACUGAAUGGAUGGAUGGAAGGUUUGAAGAUGAAACAGGGCUCGAAAUACAUUUUCAUCUUACGUAUUCUGCACUGGUACAGGUAACAUUGAAAAUUACCGUGCCAGACAUGUUUUAACAGCACAAUCAGGCUUUGUGAACUAUGGAUCAUAUUAAAAGCUACCACAGAGCCAUACUAAAGACUUAAAAGAUGUGCCAGUGGCGAGUGGUGUACACUGAGACUGGUACUCUGACAUGUUGUACACUGUAUGAGACAGAGCAAAUGAGUGAGAAAUUCACUUGGUACAAAAGAUACAAAUGAUGAGAGUAUUGUGCAUAGAGUGGAUAGAUUAUGCGUUACAAAUACAUUGUAUUAUAUAGUGUAGUGUAGUACAUGUAUAAUAUACUGGAGACAAUGUUGCAAUGGAUGAAUAACAGUCAAGAAAACUUUAAUUUGUAUCUCAAAAUGAUGAUGCAAUAUCAUAAAGUACAUGUAGUUUGAUAUUGAAUUGACUGGUUAUGAAUGUUCAUAUGCAUUCUCAGCUCCUUGCUGUCAAAUGUAUACAUAGCAGGUCUUUCUGUAGAAUCUGUAAUUUUUCCAUUAAACAAAUUUUGAAGACAAUUGCAUUGAUGCUGUAGUAUUUUGAUACAUGAUACAGUGACUUCUGAUGGAAAAUACCAUACCUUGGACCACAAUGCUAGACAUACAAUAGUCCUGUUUGGUGUCAUAGUUUUUCAAACUUGAUAUUAGUGUCUAACUAAAUAGGC